UUUCUUCUUCAGUUGGCUCGUUUGAUUUGUGUGUUUCUAUGGUGUACGGAGGUUUUGAUCGUUUCAAUUCGGUGAAAUUUUGUGAAAAAUUUGUGCGCUAAUCGAUAAAAUCAUAAAUUGUUAGCAAAAAUAUCCAUAGGAAACAACGCGCAAUAGAAAAUUCGGUGCUAAAGCUGUGAAAUUAAGUGCCACAGAAGAAGAAGCGGUGCUCUACAGCUGCAGGUUGCAUAUUGAAAAUCCUUACUGGAAGUGUAGUAGUAAAUCGCGUAAAAACAUCCCUCACCACCGCUUAAGUAUCCUCCCUCAUCGCGCACGACGCCCGCUAUCAAAAGUGUAGCACAUAGUAGCUGACCUUCGUAUUCGCAUUUAGUUCGCACCGGCCAGCAAGGGCAUCAUUCUAGUGCUCGCCCUUCGCAUGUGUGUCGUCCAGCUGAGCUUGCCGGUUGUGCCCAACUAAGCGGCACGAGCGACGUUAACACCAACACCAACCAGCGACACGCUAGUGACAUCGUCGCGCCACAUGCAACUCUUUCCUUACUUGCACUUACACUUACUUCCUCAAUAGCAAAUAGCAAUAACUAGCAAACUAUCUCUAUAAAAACAAAACACAACAACAACAGCAACCAUAAGAUGUUCAAUUUCAUGAAAAAGGGCGUAUCCUCGGUGAGUGGUGGUAGCAGCGGUGGCGGCGAUGACGAGAAGGAGCGUCGCAAACGUGAGAAGAAAUUGCGUAAAGAGGCUAAAAAUGCUGGACUGCUUUCGGGCAGCAUGAGCACCGAGGAGCUGCUGCGACUGGACGAGGUACGUCGCUCACUUAAGAUACGCGGUCGCCGCAAAGAGAAAGAGAAAUUGCCUAGCGGCAUCACAGCUGAUUAUAGUGCGGAGUUUUUUGCACAGCUGGAUAUCGACCGUGCAGCGUUGAGCGCCGAAUUAAGCGGCGAAGGUGAUAGCAUUUAUGAAUUGGAUCGCGGUAAUGAAGAAAUUGUCGCAUCUGUGACGACCACCAUUGAGAGUCGUUAUAAUGGCGCUGGUGCGGCUGCUGCGGGUGCUGGCGGAGCUGCAGGUGCAAUGGGCAUACAUUCCAUGCUGGUGGGAGCCGCGGCGAGUGGCAAUGGAAAGCAUCGUUCACUGCCUCCCGUGCCACCGAAGCCUCCAAAGCGUGGCAUAUUGAAGGGUUCACGCAGCAACGUAUCCAAUGUGCACGAAGAGAUAACGAUCGCAUCACCCGAAGCGCAGCUGCUCGUGAUGCGCAACACAAUGCAAAAUGAGUUGCCCUUCGAUGGUAGUCGCAGCAAUAGCAUAAGUGGUGCCGCUACCGGACGCAGUAGCAUGGGUGCAGUCGGUGGCGCCGGCACUGCGGGCGUUAAUCCUCACACCAGCGGCACCGCCUUCACCUCCGUCGAGAGUUUGCGUAGCGACGAAGGCGGCAAUGCGGGCAUACAACGCGCCAUGACUCUACCGACAACAGCGCGUUAUGCACCACAACUGCCACAGCAUCACAGCGGCAAUCUUCGUGUGAUGACCUCGCCCUCGCCCAGCGCUGACAGUCUCACAGAUACGACAAAUUCUUCCUUUGCCACGCCACCAUUCUCGCUGAGUCCGAUUGGCGAGUCGCAAGGCAUCGAUCGAUGGUCGCGUGUCCACGUAUUCGAGGAUGUGGAAUUACCUUUGCCCCCGAUUAAGUUGGUGCAAUUGCCACCGGCGCGUGAGCUCGUCAUCAGGCGACAGAAAUCGCCACGCAACGAUUUCGGCUUCAGUUUACGCAAAGCGAUUUGUUUGGAUCGGGCCGAAUCGCUGACCGCACCCACAUUUAAACCGGUCAUAUUCGCUGAACCGGGUGCGGGUGGUGGCGCAACUGGUCUAUUGCCAGGCGAUCGUUUGCUUAAAGUGAACGGUACGCCAGUAAGUGAGCUGUCGCGUGAGGUGAUCAUUGAGAUGAUUCGCAACAGCGGUGAUUCGGUUACAGUGGAGGUACAACCCGUUUCGGAGUUAGUAGAGCUAAGCAAGCGUUGCAUGCCGCCACAAGGUAUAGGUGUUACUGCUGCUGACGAGGAGGGGGAUCGUGCGGUGAGGAAUGCGAAUUGCAACACGCUUAAGAGAAGCGCCAGCAAGCGUUUUAAGCAACAGCCACGUCACAGCAGCAGCAACAACACCAAUGACUCCUCAUCACGCUCAAGCGUUGGCGUCGACGAUGGCAGCGGAGACGGCGAUGUUGCAGACUCAUCGCAUGGCGAUGGUGAACGCGUUUGGCUGGUCCAUCGUGGUGGCUUUUGUGCGGCACUAUGUCUACCCCAAUCACCCGUGCAGCGUGAGAAUCACAAAGUGACCAUACGAUUGCUACACAAUGGCGUCUCAAUGAUGGUAGACGAGGAUGAUAUCGAGAAACAGAAUGCAGCAGCGCUUGAUUUAGUCGAGGACAUUUGCGAUCUAAAGCAAUUGAACGAGGCGUCUGUGUUGCAUUGCUUACGUCAGCGUUUCGCCAGCAAUUUGAUACACACGAAGGCGGGCCCCACGCUGCUUGUCGUCAAUCCAAUGGCACCACUAUCGCUCUACUCGGAAAAGGUUGUUUCGAUGUUUCGCGGCUGCAAGACAGAGGAUAUGCCUCCGCACAUCUACUCGCUGGCACAGACCGCCUACAGGGCCAUGUUGGAAACGCGUCGCGAUCAAAGUCUAAUAUUCAUGGGACGUUCUGGUUCUGGCAAGACGACAAGCUUCAAACACGCCUUAUACUAUUUGGCGUUGGCCGCCGGCUCCUACAACAACUUUUUAAAUGCCGAGAAAGUCAACUCUAUCAAUAUUAUUUUGGAGGCAUUUGGCAAUACGAAGACCUGCCUCAAUGCGAAUGCGACACGCUUUACUCAGCUACUCAGCUUAGAUUUCGACCAAACAGGGCAAAUUGCAUCCGCUUCCGUGCAGGUGCUGUUGCCUGAGCGCCAACGCGCCGGACGUCGGCAACCCAAUGACCAUAGUUUUCACAUUAUGAGUCGUCUACUUGCCGGCGCCGAAGGCUUGCUGCAGAAGGAGUUGCAUCUGGACAACAUUUCAGCGGCUGAUAAUCAUCCUUUCGUUUCACUAUCGCAAAAAUUGGAGGAGCGGCAUCGUGCUGGCGCAGAGUUUAUGCGCACCACACAAGCGCUGGAAACGCUGAAUAUAGAACCGAAAGCGGUGCGUGGCAUUUGGAGUAUAUUGGCCGCCAUUUACCAUCUGGGGCUGGCAGGUGUUACAAAGCUCAAUGCUGGUCCAGCUUCGCGUGUGCAGUUCGCCAAUCCAUCGGCUGCACGCCGCGCUGCUACGCUACUUGGUGUCUCGAUGGAAGAUUUAACGGCCGCCGCUUUUAAUGCCACCGGUCCUGGUAGCAACACGAGUCCUUCUAAAUCGCCCACCGACAGUACUGAGCAGGCUUGGGAAUCAUUAGAAGCGCUCGCUGUGGGUCUCUAUUCCGAGGCGUUGGCAGCUGUGGUGGCGCUUAUCAACAAAGCGAUCUGCACGUCGGCACACACAAUUGCUUCCAUUAUGCUCGUCGAUACGCCUGGCUUUCAGAAUCCAGCCAGUUGCGGCAUGCAAACGGGUGCCACACUCUCCGAUUUACGUCACAAUUACCUACAAGAGCGUUUGCAGUUGCUCUUCCAUCACACUACUUUAGUAGCGCCUCGUGAUCGUUAUGCACAAGAACUGGUGGAGAUCGAUACCGAAGGCAUGCCGGAAACAAAUCCUGGCCCGUUAGUAUCGCUCAUCGAUAAGGCGCCACAAAAUCAUGUAGUGCGUUCAUCACAACGAGAUUUACGUGAACACGAUCGUCGCGGUUUACUGUGGCUGCUCGAUGAGGAGUCCAUGUAUCCCAACUGCAACGAUGAUACAUUCCUAGAGCGCGUGUUUGCACAUUACGGCGAUCGUGAACAUCAAACGCUGUUGCGCAAAUGUGCAGGUCCCAAACAAUUUGUGCUGCAGCACCUGCAGGGCACAAAUCCGGUGCUGUACACGGUCGAUGGCUGGGUGCGGCAUAGCCGAGAGCACCCCGCAAUACGUAAUGCUGUGACAUUGUUGCAGGACAGCUCACGUGAUGAGAUUAGCCGAUUGUAUAUAGGCUCAUUGACACGCGGCAUGGGUGGCAUUGUAUUUUGUGGCUCCAUAGCCGGUCUCGAAGGUACGCAAUCGUUGCGUCGCGUCUCAAGCAUACGACGCUCGUUCACAUCCGCCGGUGUCAAACGUAAUUCCAUAAUGUUACAAGUGAAAUUCACCGUAGAUGGUAUCAUCGAUACAUUGCGGCGUACAGGCACACAUUUCGUACACUGCUACAUGCUGCAACACAAUGCCGGCCAGCAUAGCAGUUACUCGUCAAGUGGCUCGCCAAAUGCUGCGGCGCUGCAGUCAAGCAGUGAGGACAUGGUGAAUGUUCCUUUGUUGCGUAGUCAGUUACGCGGUUCGCAAGUGCUCGAGGCGGCGCGUUUACAUCGUUUGGGCUUCCCAGAAUCAGUUCCUUUGGCCGAGUUUGUGCGGCGCUUUGGUUUAUUGGCGGGCGUUGAUACCGCUGGCGCCGCCAAGGAUAUCACUGUCGAACAAAUCUUAGCCGCCAACGAGGUGGACACUGCCACAUACCGUAUCGGACCUAGUCAAAUUUUAUUCCGUUCUGGUGUUUUGAGUGAAUUGGAGGCGAAACGUGAUGAAUUGCUGUCGGAUCGCAUCAUACAACUGCAGGCGUAUUGCCGCGGCUAUUUGGCACGUAAACAGGUGGCGCGCCGACGCGUACAGGAAUUGGCCGUUCGUUGCAUUCAACGUAAUGUUAAAGCAUUCCUGGCUGUCCGCGAUUGGCCCUGGUGGCGCCUAUUGGUGCGUGUAACACCUCUUCUAAAUGUUCAUCGCACCGAGGAGCAACUGAAAUUGGCGAAUGAAGAAUUGGCAAUGCUGCGUACCAAAUUGGAGAAAAUCGAAAACGAUCGCAACGAAUUGAAGACUGAUAAUCAGAAAUUGGAAGCGAAGUUAUCCGAAAUGACGGUGGACCUCGCCGAGGAGCGUUCUACCGCCAAUAUUGCCACCGAACGGCUCGAAGCCGAAACUGCCGAACGUUUGAAACUCGAAAAAGAACUCAAUGAACAGCAAAAUAAAGUGAAGAAUCUGCAAGAGACCAGCGAGAAGCUGGAAAUGGAGCUGAUAUGCGCCAAAUCUGAUUUGAACGGCAUAUCCGAAGAUGAGGAUCCGGAGAAUGAAGAAGGCGGCAGCGGAGUUUACAAGUUGAAAUAUGAGCGUGUGGCACGUGAGCUGGAGUUCACGAAGCGACGCUUGCAAACCCAACACGAACACGAUCUGGAGCAGCUAGUCGGACUGAAGAAACAGUUGGAGAAGAAGCUCUCUGAUGCCUAUGAGGAGGUCGAGGAGCAGCGUCAAGUUGUCGGUCAGUGGAAGCGCAAAGCUCAAAAGAUGACCAAUGAAAUGAAUGAUUUGCGCAUGUUGCUCGAGGAGCAGAAUGGUCGCAAUAAUUUGUUGGAAAAGAAGCAACGCAAAUUCGAUGCGGAAUGUCAGUCGUUGCAGGAUGCUGCACGUUUAGAACGUCAAACCAAGGAUAGACUAUCGCGCGAGAAAGACGUACUCAUCGCUGAGAAAUUCACGUUGGAGCAAACAUUAGCGGACACUCGUCUUGAGCUCGAACUCAAGGAAGAGAAGUUGGCGUCGCUACAGCGUGAACUGGAAGAGAUGACUUUCGGUGGUAGCACCGAAGAGGAAAUCGCACAGCUGCGUCGUUCCAAGAAUGAAUUGGAUCGACGUGUCAAAGAGCAAGAGGAAGAACUAGAUGAGAUGGCCGGGCAGGUGCAAUUACUUGAACAGGCCAAAUUACGACUAGAAAUGACAUUGGAAACAAUGCGGAAAGAUGCACGACGCGAGGCGCAACAACGCGACGAUGAGUUAGAGGAAGCGCGCAACAGCUCUUACAAGAAGUUAAAGGCUUUGGAAUGCCAAUUGGAGACUGAGCAUGAAGAGCGUACUUUACUGUUACGUGAGAAACACGAACUUGAGCGUCGUCUUUCUUCUAUGGAAGACCAAGACCGUAUGGAUCGUCAAGCCGAGGAAGCUGCUACACAGAAACUAAAGCGCGACUUACGCAAAUACAAAGCGUUGUUGAAGGACGCGCAAGCGCAAUUGGAGCGCUCAAAGGCGGAGACACCAGGCAAAGCGCUCAUACGUCAGCUACGCAAUCAGCUUGAGGACGCGGAAUCGGCGCGUGCGCUGGUCAUGAAGGCGCGCCAAGCAGCCGAAGCGGAACUUGCUGAAGUGCAGGCCAUGUUCGAAGAGUCACAAAAGGGACGCAAUGAUGCAGAAGAACGCGCCAAUGCUGCGCAUCGUGAUCGCGCCGAAUUGCAGGCGCAAAUCGAGGAGAACGAAGAGGAGCUGGCCGAGCUAAUGAAGAAAUAUAGUGCAGCUGUAAAGCAGCUUAACACCGAACAGAUCGCAGCAUCAGAGUAUGAAUUCAAAUUAUCCGAAUUGGAAGCUGAACGCAAUAAUCUCAAGGAGCAAGUGAGCGAACUACAACAACGAUUAGAGAACGUCGAGAAUAUGGCUGAUCCAUCUACGGCGAUGCUAUCAAAGCGUUUGGAACUCCGCACCAAAGAGCUAGAAUCCCGCCUCGAUCUUGAACAAGCUACGCGCACACGACUCGAGGUACAAGUGUCGCGACUCAAAGAAACACUCGAAAAGGUACAAAAUGAUGUGGCGCAAGCAAAGGGGCGUGAAAUGCAAGCGCAAGAUGCGCUCAAGAAAUCACAAAAGAGUUUACGUGACAUGCGCGAAGAGUAUCAUGUUGUGGCGGGACGCGAGCAAGAAUCGGUAACGAAACGCAAAGAUCUCGAAAAGAAGCUGGAACAAGUGGAAUCCGAGUCGUCAGCAUUGAAGAAUGAUUUGCGCCUGGCGCUGCAACGAAUCGCCGAUCUGCAGCAGGCCAUGGAGGAAGGCGAUGACGACGUUAGCGAUAGUGAGGACUCACGGAGCACAGAAGGUUCGCUUAGCGAUUUGGAAGAACGUUUGCGGCCUAUCAAAGUGAAGCGCACUACAAACGGCGAAAUAAUGAGUCCGAGCACGACUAAGACGUUGGUGCAUGAAAAGGAUGACAAUAGUCCGAGAAUCACAUUGACUUCACCAUCAUCACCGCAUAUCCAUAAAUUGGCGAAACAGGCGAAUGCUGUAGCAGAUGGAAAGACAUCGGAUGCGGCGACAGGCGUUGGUGGGGAUAAGAAGGCGACGACGAAUAGUAUUAGCACGGAGAAAAGUAGUGAAAGCUUAAAGAAUGGUGAUGCAGCGUCGUAUGCUUGAGUCGAAAAGUGUAAAAGUCGUCGAGAGAAGAGGAAAUGAGCAAAACGUGAACGAACGUGAAUAAGGAUGGGCGUGUGCUGUAAGCAGAAAUGAGUGUUGUGCUGCCAAUAAGCAGCUGCUGCUUUUACAUAAUUUUAACACUAGUUUAGCUUAAAGGAAGGCAAAAUAAAACAAAGUGAAAAAAACAAACUGAAAUGUUUAGUCAGAGGAAACGUGGUGAGGAAGAACAACUCAGUUGUCUACUCGAAAGUAAGAUUUUUAACGGAAUGCAUGCAAAUGCUCACUCUCACCCGAAAUGUAGUGUAGCAUGAAUAGGAUAAAAGAGAAAUGAAAGAGUUACAUACAUACACAUAUGGCAAUCCAUUGACACGCAGAGUCUGAGUAACUUUUUUGUUUUUUGUAACAAGCGGUGGAGAAUAGUUUUACGAAAUGAAAACGUCAAACAAAAACACCAAAUUAUUGCAUAAAUAAAUCACAUGAAAAAAUUAAAUAAAGAAAAACAAAAACAAAAACCAUUUUAAUAUUUUGAUACAUAGAAAUUUUGCAAAAAAAUUUACUACUACUACUAUUACUACUACUAAAAAAUAUUAAAGAUAUUUAAUGGAAAAUUUAAAUAAAAAAUAUUAGAGUCCAGCAAAAAAUUUAGUCAAAGGAAAACAAGAACAUUUUAAAUACAUACAAACAUACUUGCAUACAUUGAUAUAAUAGCCGAUUAGCAAUAUUGAGUUAGCAAAAUGAUGGAAGUUACUACUACAUACAAGCUUUGAUUUAGGAACUUUGCUAUGCAGCUGAAAGUAAUAGUGCGAAAAAUUGAUGAGGGAACGCGCCGGCAGCUAAUUUUCCCGCUUUUUUAAAUUCUAUCUAAUGUGCCUUUUUUAAUAAGUGCACUGGAGAAACCAGAAAUUUUCAUGCUCCACAUUGGAAAUUUUCGGGAUCCCCAAAAUUAUAUACCGAAACUUCAGAUUACAAAAUCCCGAAACUAGGUUAUUUAGUAACUACUGAAAGCAAGUAAAGCGUUGCUUUCCCAAAAAAAUACAAUUUCGAAUUUGAGUAGCUUUCGCGAUCACCAAAAUCAGUGAUCACAAUUAAAGGCAAACGAGCUCGCAUUAUGGCAAUUUUAAAUUAUGGUUUCAGAUGUCUACAUUUUAAAAUUAUUUAGUAAUGCUUCUUUCAUUGAAAUUGAAUUUGCGAAAAAUAAUGCGAAAUUUUAAAUCUAAUGAGCGCGAGGUUCCGGAAUUAAAUGGUUGCCUAGAACCUAUUGAUGAAUUUGUGACUUGAAACAAAUACGAAAUUCAAAGACAACGGGGCAUAUGUCGCUUAAACAAAUUGAUUUAGAACGCAUUGAAAUUAAAACUAUUGUUUCUGUUAUUAUACAAUUUUGAAUUAAACUUUUGCACGAAAUUGCUUCAAAAACUUCAAAAUUUUUAAUUUACUUUUGCGACAUGCCUUAUAAUUUUUCUGGUUUUUGCUUCGUUCUGACAACAAAAACACGAAAAUGUACACCCGCGCAAGAACCGAAUUCUAAGGUCAAAUUUUCUAAGUUCUUUGCCUCCCUUGCAUUAGAGUGAAAAAUUUCCUAUGCUGUACAUUUAAAAAUAGGUUAGUUCAGGCAUUACCUUUAACCUGUUCAGCUUUGCGUCAUAAAUGCUCUUUUCAUGCCUAGCAUACUUUUAGGUUAGCUUUAUUGGCGUACACUUUUUGACAGUCAUAGCAAGGUCCCCGCUUUUUGCCUCAAUUAUUUCUCUCUAAAACAAAAUAACCAAGAAACAAAAACAAAAAACAGAAAAUAAAAAAUUUACUGUAAAAAAAUAAUAAUAUUUUCAAAUACUUUGAAAACGUAUUUGCUUAAAUUGUCUUAAUGUAAUAAUUUAUUUUUAAAACACGCAACGAAAUGUUAAACGCAUAUAUUUAAGAAAUUGGAAGUGUUGAAGUAGAGCUGAUGCAUUCGAUAGUUAAAAAUUAGUUGUGUUUUAUACCAGGCGAAAAAAUUUCGUUUAGCUACUCGUCACAGAAAUACAUAUUUUUUAGUUAAUUGAAAGGUUGAAAGGCCGUUGAUUUAUAUGUUAUUUAUGGCCGCCAGCUCUUUGACACUUCUUCAUGUUAAGUUUUUCUUCUAAAUGUUUCACUGUUUGCAUUAUAAUUUUUUCAUCAUUGUAUAUGUGUGUUGCAUAAAUAUUAUUUUAUAUUAUAUUUUAUCAUAUCAUUGUUAAUAUGAUUACAUUUACUUACAUAUACUAUGAUGUUUUAAAAUUUUUCUAUGCUUUUUUUGUUUUUUUGAUUAUGUUCAAAUAUUAUUUAGAUAUCAUUUAAGGUUGUUUUUUUUUAUUAUGUAAUACUUUAUGUAAUUAAUUUCUUUAUUAUUUACAUAUGUAUACAACUAAAUUAAAUAUAUGAAAAUUAUACAAUUGAAA